AUGAUCCAAAAAUUGGACUCGGUGCAUCAAAUUUGCCAUCUGUUGAAGAAACUAACGACGAAACACUCCCUCGGACGUAUAUUUCAAAUAAACGAAAUUGAAAAACGCCCGAUUGCCUGCAGCAUUUGUAAAGCUGAAAAUAAUGAAAUUGUUUGCCAAUUAUGCGAUUCAAGUAAAAAAAUACCAAUUCAACGUGAAUGUAGACAUGAAGGUCAAAUUAUAGCAGUAGAAAAAAUGAUCAAGGUAGAUAAUAAAAUACAGUUAUAAUGUACUUUUACUUUUUAGAUCUUAAUUUAUUUAUUUUUUUAACAGGAAACCAAAAAAAGAACUGACGGUUUCGAAGUUAUUCAGUGCGUUGUAUUCGAUGUACCGAAAGUUGAUAGGGGACCUACAGAUCCCCUAAAAAGAUAG